GACAAGUUCCCACAACUGGUAGAAAACAAAAGGCGCUGGUGGUCUGGGACUUUCUGUGGCACACACACACACACACACAUAUACACACACACACACACACACACACACAGAUAGACUCACUCCCUGCACAGCAAGAGGGGGGACAAAGAAUGAGUUUGCUUUCUGCAAUCGAUACCAACGCCUCGGUUUAUCAGCCGGCGCAACUAUUGAACUGGGUCUAUCUAUCUCUACAAGACGCGCACCAACCCAGCGCCUUCGAUGCCUUCCGACCGGAGCCGGCCUCUCAUCACCAAGACCUCAACUAUGCUAAAGCCGCCGACCUGGGAUCUUCGCUGUGUUCCAACUAUCUCAACAACUUUUCCCAACUGCACAGGAACGAGCCCAUCAGCAGUGGAUUGUAUAAGAAUGCUUCCCCCUACGGUUCUCUGAGUAACAUCGUGGACGGUCUCAGCUCCCUGACGGACCACUUCUCGGACCUUUCCCUAUCGGUGGAACCUCGUAAGCCGGGCAAGAGGCCUCCCCCCAACUACUUAUGCCACCUCUGCUUCAACAAAGGACACUACAUCAAGGACUGCCCCCAGGCUCGACCCAAAGGAGAAGGGCUGACCCCCUAUCAGGGGAAGAAGCGAUGCUUCGGUGAAUACAAGUGCCCCAAGUGUAAGCGGAAAUGGAUGAGUGGGAACUCCUGGGCCAACAUGGGGCAAGAGUGCAUCAAGUGCCACAUUAAUGUUUACCCCCACAAGCAGAGACCCCUGGAGAAACCUGAUGGGCUGGACGUGUCGGAUCAGAGCAAGGAACAUCCUCAGCACCUGUGUGAGAAGUGCAAGGUGCUGGGCUACUAUUGCCGUAGGGUGCAGUGAGAGGUGGGCCCCACCCCACUCUCCAUCCCUCCCCCAACGCUUGACAGCCCACAGACCACACUCAGCUGAAGAAGAAGAAGAACCUGCUCUAAACAGACAACUAACAAGCCUUAAAGUUGGUAGAAUGUAACUUGCCUGUGUAUGUGUAUAUUUCCAGGUUGUAUUUAUACUAUUUUUAACUACCAGAAACAGUAUUACCAAUGGCAGGUGAAUGCAAGCACCUUACAUGGUGUGUUGCCCAUUAUUUGUUUACAAAGACUUUGUACCAUGAACAAAUGUAAAAGGGGCGAUUUUACCAGGCUGAUACUUUAAACCAGUCCCCUGCUGUGCCAUUACUAAUCGUUAAGCCAACAGCAGUUUGUUGUGAAAUGCCAGGUGAGGAGCAAACCUUUGUUUUCAGAAAGUAAGCGGGUGAGCAUCAGUAUUAGAAUCGUAACGAGAGAAGAAAUAUGGUAAUUGGCAAGUGAUGACUGACAAUAUGUGUCUGGUAUUGUAGAGGGUGGGAUGAAAUAGGGACUGGAGCAUAGAGAAUCACUGUUAACCCUUUAGGCUACUGAUGAAUAUUUCCGUUCUGGACAGAACUUCCAGGCUCCCACCUAACAAAUUGGAGUGUCCAGCAAAUUAAAAUGUUGAGAUAGUCUUGUUGAUAUUCUGACAGUGAUUUAACCAUCGAACACCAAGUGCCUUUAACUCAUUUUUUAAGUCAAUUUCAAUUUUUGUUUUCUUCUUCUUGUCAUUUUAAAAGUGUUUUUUACAUUUGUUGGCAUCAUGUGUUUGCACCAGGUCUUACUCGCCUUUACCGUAUAACCAUAUAACAAUUACAGCACGGAAACAGGCCAUCUCGGCCCUACAAGUCCGUGCCGAACACUUAUUUUCCUCUAGUCCCAUCUACCUGCACUCAGACCAUAACCCUCCAUUCCUUUCCCAUCCUUUCUUCCAUUGUUGCUCUAGGGUUGGCUGUUGGGUCCUCUUGAAUGAUGUGGUUGGUGCCUCUGGGUGUUGGCUGUCUGUGUAUGGGAUGGGAGGGAGUGGAAGAGAGGGGGUCAGUCUGCAUUGUCCAUUGAGCCAUAUCCUCUCCGUCAGCUGGUUCACCUCUCCCUGGUUGAAUGUGUUAGGAAUCUCCCACUUGGUGGCACACUCUUCUCCCUUCAAUCCUCGCCACCAAUACAUACAUACCAUGCACACAAGUCCUAUCCCAAUGCUAAGAUGUUUCACAUCCAUCGGAGUAACCCAAACUUUGGUGAACAAAACGUGGGACCCUGCAAACCUCUUGAAGCCCAACAUUAAUGCAUGGUUUUGCAAUAUGAAGGAACACUGAUUGUCAAUCAGAUAACCUCCCUGAAGAUGAGCGGCUGACCACAUCUGCAGAGAGAUGCAGGUUUAUUUCAUAGGAUGUAGAAUUGAAAAUAAUUGUUUCAUAGUUUAAGUCAGAGAGGUGGAUUUCUGUGUUGGGUACUUUCUUAAAAAGUUGUCCAAAAAAGACAAUAAUCUGUACAUAGCAAUUGACCAAUAAUUGACCUAAAGUGUCAAGCUGUGACUUUAAAGAGAUUUACCAUGGUGCACUAAGUGGCUUAUCACCAGAAAGGCAAUUUGUUGCUGUGAAUUUGUAGUCAGGGACAAAAUGAAGGGCCUGUCCCAUUUACGUGAUUUUUUCGGCGACUGCCGGCACCCGUCAUAGUCGCAGCAGGUCGCCAAAAAUGUUCAACAUGCUGAAAAUCCAGCAGCGGCCACAAAAAGGUACAACUCUUUGGGCGACCACUCAAGACCAUGCAGGGGUCAUGUGUCGACAUGUGUCGCCUGUACGGUCGUGAGUGGUCACCCAAAGAGUCGUAGCUUGUUCCGAUCGCCGCUGGAUUUUCAACGUUGGAAAUUUUCGGCCAUCUGCUGAGACUCUUGACGGGUGUCGGCAAGUCACCGAGAGUGGGAUCUUCGUCAACAGAGUUUUUGUUGGCUUAUCCACUAAAACUGAGUGAUUAGUUACCUAAUGUCCCCAAUGGACACCAGGUUCAUUCUGCAAGGGGUCUGGGGUAUGUGUGAACAGGGAAGGCUGAUGGAACGCACUUAAGUUCAUAAGUUAUAGGAGCAGAAUUAGGCCAUUCAUCCCAUCAUCUACUGCAUCAUUCAAUCCUGGCUGAUCUACCAUUCCCUUCCAACCCCAUUCUCCUGCCUUCUCCCCAUAACCCCUGACACCAGUACUAAUUCUGUACUAGGUUGAAUUCCUCAGUUCAAUGUCAAUUAUCACGGCUUAGAAUGAAGUCCCUCUCUCCUAGUCCCAAUGGAAUAUAGAAAGCCAAUUCAUCAACUGCACACUGCACUAAAAUGUCUUUAUUCUCUAUGAUUAUGGAUUAAUAAUAGCAGAUUCCUACUGCGAUGUGCAGAUAGUGCUGACAAGACACAGCAUGUCAGUCGGCAUCUGCAAAGGGGAAGCGCAGUGUGUAACAUUAUCACAUACGCCUUCCAUCGGAAGUCUUAUAGAUAAAUAAGAAAGACACAAAAUGCUGGAGUAGAUCUGAAGAAGGGUUCUGAUCCGAAACGUCAACUAUCCAUGUUCUCCACAGAUGCUGCCUGACCCGCUGAGUUACUCCAGCACUCUGUGAAACGUCACCUAUCCAUGUUCUCCACAGAUGCUGCCUGACCCACUGAGUUACUCCAGCACUCUGUGAAACGUCACCUAUCAAUGUUCUCCACAGAUGCUGCCUGACCCACUGAGUUACUCCAGCGCUCUGUGAAACGUCACCUAUCCAUGUUCUCCACAGAUGCUGCCUGACCCACUGAGUUAUGGUGCAGCAGCAUCUAUGGAGCUAAGGAAAUAGGCAACGUUUCGGGCCGAACCUUCUGGAAAUAGGCAACGUUUCGGGCCGAAACCCGGAAGGGUUUCGACCCGAAACGUUACCUAUUUCCUUAGCUCCAUAGAUGCUGCCUGACCCACUGAGUUACUCCAGCACUCUGUGAAACGUCACCUACCCAUGUUCUCCACAGAUGCUGCCUGACCCGCUGAGUUACUCCAGCACUCUGUGAAACGUUACCUAUCCAUGUUCUCCACAGAUGCUGCCUGACCCGCUGAGUUACUCCAGCACUCUGUGAAACGUCACCUAUCCAUGUUCUCCACAGAUGCUGCCUGACCCGCUGAGUUACUCCAGCACUCUGUGUCUAUCUUUGGUAUAAACCAGCACCUGCAGUUCCAUUUUUAUUGCAGAUAAAUAAAUUCCUUGCUUCAUCUGCUCUCUCUCUCUCUUCCCAUGAUGGUUUGUUAUUGAAGUGGUUCUUGAUAUGACCACAUCUCCCCCUUGGACAUCUGAUGACCUUUAUAAUGCUGACUCUCUUAGUUUUUGCGUGGGCCACAAGUUUGGGGCAGUGGUUGAUGUGAAAGUUUAUCCUGCAACCCCUCCCCUUGGGCAUCACACACCCACCCACAGAACACCAGCAUCUUAACACCAAGGCACACCAGCACAAGGGAGUGGCUCAGCCUCACUCCGGGCUCCUCGAUUGGAAUCUCAUGGAUGAGGAACUGCAAGUACCGACCCUCAUUCACCCACCGAGUGAUGCAUUAACAAUUCAACCCUGGCCAACAUGUGCUACUGUUAACUGUAGUGGCAUCUGGCAAGUCCCAGACUGACUUGCAAUCGAGGAGAGUAACCAUAACAAGUGCAAAUGAAAUACUGCAGACGAAGCUCAGAGCUCUCAGCUACACUACUUAUACCUGAAAUCCUAGAGUCACAGAGCAGGCCCUUUGGCCCAUCUUCUCCAAGACAACCAUCAAGUUUCCAUCUACACUAAUCCAUUUCCCAGCAUUUGGUCUGUAGCUACUUAUGUCCUUUUGAUUCAAGUCCUAGUCUAGAUACUUCCUACACCUUUCCCACCACAGACAGACAGGUGUAGAUGCAACACCAACCCACUCCCAACAUGUGACCAGUAGCACAAAACACAAACACACACGCACACACUCACACACACACACACACGCACGCGCGCGCACA